UAAAGAAACAUUCUGCACGAAGUUAUAAGGUCAGAGAUUUAGGCUAUGACUUUUGUACAUCAAUGUCAUUACGCCUUUUAACAUGGUGAUUGGUAUUUUGAUAUUCCUCGUUUUCCAACCAGCCGGAGCAGCAAGUUCUGACGUGGACCAGUGGUGUUACAACCCGCCUGGUACUGAUUGUUCUUGGUACAAACAGUGUCUUGUGAAACGGUUUCCGUGUGAGGCGGCCAAUGAUUCUUACGCCAUAGGUUUUGGAGAUACCAUUUGCAAUGACUUUGGCAAAAAUCGACCUGAUUUUUCCGACCUCGGAAAGCGUUGGAUAGACGAAACAAGAGCGUGCCUUCAGAAACAACUGGUUCCGCUUUUAUCAAGAGACAAUAUGACAUGUCAAGGGAUCCAAAAGUUCGCUUUUCAGACACAUUCAUACUGCUACAGCACACCUCCAAAAGGGUCCCCGUCGUUCUGUGAUCUACCAUUCUCCGACUGGUUACAUAUUUCGUGGAUUGUCAAACAAAGUCUUUUUCGUGAAACCUCAGAAACUGUUAAACAAAUAUUGCAAAUUCUUGGAAGUUGUGCAUCUACUGGUCUUUUUGGAAAGUAAUAACAUUUUUCGUUAUUCAGAUAUUUGACAUAUUUCAUAUGUUUAUCGAUUUAUCCACAAUGAUUUCAAACAACAAUUGUUAAAGGUUUAUAAUUUGUUUCUCUUUUGAGAUCAUUUUAUAGAAUUUGUACAAAAAUAAAACAAUAUGAUGAA